AUGGCGGCAAAAACUUCCUCUGCUGCUAAUGUGUCUGAAACUGUGUGUUCCUCGCCAUCACUGAAAGUUUCAAAGGAAAUGAACAUUCGACGUAUUUCUGAGACCAUGAAUUUCUUAAGAGCUGUGGGGGCCAACUUUAUCGCUCCAGAGACUACCAAUAAGCAUGGCUUCUACAAUGGCUUCCUUCGGAGUUUCAUCAAAGUAGAUCAUAUCCAACGGGGAAGAAUAGCUUGCACUGUUGUAGCCAAAGCCCAAAUCUGUAAUGCCUUUGGAACACUGCAUGGAGGGUUUAUUGGGUCCUUGGUUGAGAUUCUGUCUACUGCUUGUGCUAGAACUGUAGUUGCUGAGGACAAGGAACUUUUUCUUGGGGGAGUUAGUAUUUCUUACCUCUCUGGUACUCCAAUGAAUGAAGAAGUGCUAGCUAAUGCUUCCGUUGUGAAGACUGGAAGAAAUUUGACUGUCGUAGCACUUGAGUUCAAACUGAAGAAAACUGGGAAUUUGCUAUAUAUUACUCAUGCUACCUUCUAUAACAUGCCAGUUGCCAGUUUAUGA